AUGAGCUCUCUCUCCCCGCCCGUUGCUCGGCGGCUGGGCGGCUUCGUCCCGAUCCCGCGCAUCCAGGUUGCCGGAGUGCCUCGUCCAGGUGGCGUGCGGACACCAGCACUGCGCCUUCCUGCUGAAUCACAACGAACAGUGCGUCUGGAAUACAGCUGGCAGCCCUGCUGCACAGGGUUAACACCUCAAGGAAUUAUCAUUGGAACUCUUCUGAGAUUGGUUCUUCAUGUAAGAUUUAGUCCAGAUGAUCAACAGGUGGCAGUAUGUGCUGAAAAUCGAAUCUACGUGUUAAGUGCAAAGAAUGAAGCUAUACUAGUUAAAUUGAAUGGCCACCUGGCUCCAGUGACUGCUGCUGAGUUUUGCACGUGGGAGAAAAAUAUGCUUAUAUCGGUGUCUGAAGACAGAAGCUUCAAGGUAUGGGACUAUUCUACUGGAGUGUUAAUGUCAGGGAUAUUAACAGCAUUUCCUUUGCUAAGUCUACUAAUUGACGAAGAAAAGAGACAGAUCAUCAUUGGAUGUGCUGUAGGACAGCUUUGGAUCUUCAGUUUAAGCAGUGAUCAUAGUUACCGUUGUGUGGCACAUACUGUUAAAGAGCAAGAGAAAUUCUAUAAUAAAAUCUGGAAAUCUGAAGAAGAAUUAGGUGAAAGGCAAAAUGCUUCUGAGCUUUGCAAAACAAACAGCAUGAAACCAGAGGGGUCAGUGGAAGCAUCAUUGCCUGUUCUCCUAAUUGAACACUGUGACUAUUCAGUAUGUUUCCACAAUGAAGAAAAUAUAUGCUGUGCCCAGAAUAGAAGCUGUUUUUGGAUAGAAACCUCUACUGACUUAUUAUUAAUAAAUUUAGCAAACUUGGAACUGGAAGCGUUUUUAUGUUACAAAGGAAUCAUUAGAAAAUGUCUCGCUACAAUCUAACAUGAUUGCUUUUCUUUGUUGGCUGAUAUAAAUAGUAAAAGAAUUAGUUAAUACAGCAAAAAUGUUUUUUAAUAUUUUAAUUUAGCAAUUAAUUUUACUGUGCUUUUCUGUCACUGAUGACUUGUAUCAGAACAUGUGUCAGCACUAGAUUUUUGUAGUGGUUACUAAUGAAUUCUUAUUCAAUUUAUCAAGCUAAUUACAAGGCAUGUUAUUCUACUCAUACUUCACGAUGUGGCUGUAAGCUAGAAGGAUAUAUACUGAAAAUCGUGGGUUAUGAUUAUGUCAAAACAGCAUGAGUAAAUUUUUCUCCCUUUUAAAUGUAAAUACAUCUCUUACCACUG